CCCUCCGAUCAGACGCGGAGGAGGAGGUUUCGCGGACGACACGCUCCUGACGUCGUUGCGUAAAUCCGUGUUUCCAGUGAAGUGAAGCCCGUUGGGUUUCUCCUCGUGUGAUUUUGGGCUCUCGGUGCUCAGGAGGAAGCUGAGGAGCUAAAGAGCUGGUUUGCGGACAGUCGGAGGACCUGAAUCAUGCCGCUGUACGGUGCGUUCACCGCGCUCCUUCUUCUGAUCAGCGCAGUUUCUGCUGUGACAGUUCCGUCUCCAACAAAUGUGACUGUGAGCUGUCGAAACCUCAAAACCACAGUCAGCUGGGAGUACGGCGAACAGCAGCCGCAAACCCGCUUCAGUGUAAAUAUCACGUCAUCCGCUGGGCAAUUCAUCGGUGAAACCACAGAGCAUCAGUACGAUCUGAGCCAUUUCAUCUGGGAAUCUGAGGACCACUACACAGGCUACCAUUCUGUCACUGUAACUGCCAUACAGGGAGGCAAAAGGUCUAAACCAGUACAGACCCAGUCUUUAACCUUUAAUGAGAAAACCCUGGCUCAUAUAAAAUGUGCUCUGGAUUUCCCUCCUGUGAAUCUGACUGUAAAGGACUCGCUGACCACAGUCAGUUUCUACAAUCCCUUCCACUUCUACAGAGAACUGAAACAGGCCAGCACAUCCAGCACUGAUGUCUUUGAAUUCAAGGUCUCCUCAGUUGAUAAACAGUUUGACUGCGGACUGAAAGACAUCAUUUGCAGAUGUGAUAUUUCAUUGCCUGAGGGUGUGGAGGAGUGUGUCAAACUGAGGGGACAGCUGUCUAUUGGAAACCGUGUCAACACUGUGCUGGUCAGAGAGACAGGCCCCAUCUGUCCCAGUGAAUCAACUGAGGCCCAUUUAAUCACACUUACUAUACUGCUGUGUGCCCUCGUCCUCGUAAUCACUCUGGUGACACUUGCCAUCUGUAAGGUGAAGGCCUGGUACCUGAAGACUCCAUCAGAGACUCCCAAAGCUCUGGUCUUUGACGACGUCAAAACGCACUUAAUGUGCAAUCCUGGGUCCGACAAAAAUGACAGGAUUGAUAUAAAGAUUGACAGUCGACGCGACAGGAGCUCUUCAGUCACCUCAGCGGAGGAGGACGACUGUCCCACAGGGAACCAGGACGGCAGCGCCAGCUCGGCUUCCCUCUGUCUUACCGGCUACAUGAGCGGAGGACUUUCAGAGGGCAGCAACGGGGAGAUGGAAACUGUGGGGUUGAUGUGUGAGGGACAAGGGACAGAUGAGGACUCUGCAAACAGCUCUGUGGACACAGAGUGUACUUCCAUUAAAGAAGAGGAACCUGGGUCUGUCUACGACCGGCCACAGUUUAUGCACACGGACAUUGGUGAUGGAGACAUUGUCGACUGUUACACCAAGAGAUAAAAGGGCGGUUAGACGCCGAGACACUCAGAGACACAGGUGCCUCCCAUCUAUUCCCCGUCACCCUCAAGCCCUUCGUUCUACUGACUGCACUGUCAGGAAGCUUGAAUCUAAAACUUGGCGUGGAUGAAAACGAGUGAUGAGACAAACUGCCGUCUGCCAUUAAAACCACGUGUACAUGUUUGGUUGCUUUGCCUCGUUGCUGUUUUUGGAGGCGAGCACAGCUUCGCAGCCUGUGCAGACAUUUUGCUGUGCACUGAAUAAUCUGGAGUGUGACUUUUCACCCAUUCACCGUUUUUUUUUUCCUCCUAAUGAUGACACGUCCAUCGACUGUGGGGUUUGUCACCGGGAAACGAACCGGCGAGCCUCCUGUCUCCUUCCAGCAGCUUUGCACAGGCCUGUCUCUGGAUCUCUGUGACGAUAACACCGUCCUCGGUCGACCUCAGCUCCCGUGGAAUUUUAUCAGAUUGUCGUCAAUGAGCGGCAACUUCAAAGCACCACAGGGGAUUUUUUUUUCCUCAGGGAAACAAACAGAAGAACAGAUCAGAAGCUGUGUAAGGACUUUGGAUGAUUUUGUUGUUGUUGUUGUUUUUUUUAGCAGGGAUUUAAAGCAGCAGUUCUAAGUGUAGCUGUUCAUGAAGCGAGGAGGCUCCAUGUGUUUUAGUCUCAAGUGGUAUCCAUGAUAUAUCCAAUCAUGUGAUUAGUUCUGGUUUUAGUCGCCCAGGUUUAAUGCAUGUCUCAGAUUUCUGGGACCAUCCCAACACAGGGAGGACGGACAGUAUUUCGGUUGUGCUGUUCACAGAUUUGAAAAACCUGUAAGACUCCCGGCUGUUUCUCUGUCUGAACUAUUCACAGCAAAGUGUGUGGAUCGUCCACAGCAAACACAGAACUUUAUUUAAAUUUACAUGUAAAUUUAUUCAAAGCCUGGACAAAUAAAACCACGUCUACAUGGUUAGAUACCAGUAGAGAUAAAUAACAGAAUGUUUUUAAUUGCGUUUGAGUGACUGGACCCUUUUAACUUUUAAUAUCUUUGAAGGUUUUAAAUUGUUUGUAAAUUAAACCGAGCACCUUUCACUGUCUGGACUUUCCAUUCCCAGCAGCAGAUUAGCAGGUGCCAUAAAUACCUGUCAGGCUCACAGACAGCGCCACACCUCAUUACUUGUCACCACUUACGUGCAUUUACUGUACUGUAUUUUACCCCCUGCUGCUGUUGGGCAACACGCGACCUGCAGAACUGGCUCUGUACAAAGUGUGGGAGUGUUUUUCUUUUGUUUGCAUCAGGAAGAUCAGAUUUGUUGUGUGCGAUCCCUCAGGGCUGCUGAACAUUUUGUUUUUUAUUAUUUUUUUUUAAAUGCUACUGAUGUUUGUUCAAACCUUUGUUGGUUAAAAUUCAAUUUUAUACAACAAAGGUUUUUGUUAAUGAUGAAAUCAUUUUACAGUUAAACACCAAUCGAUUUUACAUCUGUAACUAUGCUGAGCACAAACACUUUGUCUGAUUUUAACACCAACAUGAGGGUGAAAUUCACUGACACCACACCUGAUGCUUGUUUGCAUGAGAGGAAGGAAAGUCUACCUGUUGCUGUGCAUGUCCCCUAGGGGAUGAAUCUGGAACUAUCUAUCCAUCCAUUCAUCCAUCCAUUCAUCCAUCCAUUCAUCCAUCCAUCCAUCCAUCCAUCCAUCUGCCAGAGAGUUUGUGCUCUGGUGUCGAUGUCAUGCAUGAAGUAAACAGCCGUCAGAUGGAUGAUUAGAAACUCACCUGAGGAGAAAGAACAUUAUGAUGAGACAGAACUGCUUUCAGGUGUUUUUAAUAAAGAGAUGUUGAUAUUAACUCCAAACAGGAAGUAACUUUUAAUUUUCCAAUAAAAAUCCUGGUGAUAUCA